CUUUUUCCCCCUAGGUAUCACUGUAUCUUCUGUUGUAGCUGCUUCCACCUGUAAAAUCUGAAGACUUUGCCCUUGACCUGGGAAUAUUCUGGACCAGAACAAGGCAGCUCUGUGUCUAGGUUAAGCGUUUCAUCCCAGCUGUACCAUGGGGCGCACCCGGGAAGCCGGAUGUGUGGCUGCUGGCAUGGUCAUUGGGGCUGGUGCUUGCUACUGCGUAUAUAGACUGGCCUGGGGAAAAGAUGAGAAUGAGAAGCUGUGGGAUGAAGAAGAUGAGGAAGAUGAAGAAGAGGAGGAAGAAUCUUGUAGUGGCAAGGCAGAAACUGGGGGCAAAACUGAGAAGGAAGUUAAGACUAAUGUUAAGGUGGGGGCAGGAGUCAAACCUCAAGAUGACUCAAAGGCCAAGGCUGAGGUGAAUGUGGGACCUGAGAAUGGUCUAGGUGUAAAGAAGGACGUGCACUCAGACUCCCAGGGUGGGGGUGGCCUAGAAGCAAAGGCCAAGGCCCUUUUCAAGACCCUAAAGGAACAGGCAAGUGCAAAGGCGGGCAGAGGAAUCAGGUUUCCUAAUAUCUCUGGAAAUAGAACCCUGGGCCAAAGUUUGCCCUGCCCAGGAGGCAGGGGUGGAGGCUGCCACCCAGGAAGGACUGGUUCUAGGGCUAGAAGCAGAACAAGUGGAAAAGCCAAGAGAAAGAACCGAAGUAAGAGCAGCAAGGCUCCAGCCACAGCAUGGCCUGUGCGCAGGGGCAAGUUCAACUUUCCCUAUAAAAUUGAUGAUAUUCUGAGCGCCCCUGAUCUUCAAAAGGUCCUUAACAUCUUGGAGAGAACGAAUGACCCUUUUACUCAGGAGGUAGCAUUGGUCACACUGGGUAACAAUGCAGCAUAUUCAUUUAAUCAAAAUGCCAUACGUGAAUUGGGUGGUGUCCCAAUUAUUGCAAAACUGAUAAAAACGAGAGACCCCAUUAUUCGGGAAAAGACUUACAAUGCCCUUAAUAACUUGAGUGUUAAUUCUGAAAAUCAGGGCAAGAUUAAAGCUUACAUCAGUCAAGUGUGUGACGAUACCAUGAUUUGUCGCUUGGACUCAGCCGUACAGAUGGCUGGACUAAGACUGUUAACCAACAUGACUGUGACUAAUCAUUACCAACAUUUGCUCUCCUACUCUUUUCCAGACUUUUUUGCCUUGUUAUUCUUGGGAAAUCACUUCACCAAGAUACAGACUAUGAAACUAAUUAUAAAUUUUACUGAAAAUCCAGCCAUGACAAGAGAGCUGGUCAGUUGUAAAGUGCCAUCAGAGCUGAUUUCCCUCUUUAAUAAAGAAUGGGAUAGGGAGAUCCUUCUUAACAUCCUUACCCUUUUUGAAAAUAUAAAUGACAAUAUAAAAAGUGAAGGGCUUGCGUCAUCCCGGAAAGAAUUCAGCAGAAGCUCACUAUUUUUCUUAUUCAAAGAAUCUGGAGUCUGUGUUAAGAAAAUCAAAGCGUUAGCAAAUCAUAAGGAUCUGGUGGUCAAAGUGAAAGUUCUAAAAGUAUUAACCAAACUAUAAUUUGGGAUCUGUUUCAAACAACACUGAUGUAAUGUUUCUUAAGUUUGCACGUGGGGACAAUGCAUUGUAUAAAUUCUUAGAUUUUUCAUUGCGCUUGGGUUGCAAAGAGAUCCUUUGAGCUACUAUCACAGGUUAUCAAUAGCCAUUGAUGCUGGCUUUAGACUGAGCCAUUUUAAGUGUGCCAAAUACAUAUUAGAGUUGCACAAAGAAAGCAUUUAUUAAUUCACCUUGCUACCUAGUGUGAGAGAUUUUUAUUGUUUAACUGAACUGACAGUGAAGAAACUAUAUGUCAUAAAUAAGCUAUACUUUUGUAUUGAUUUAGAUUUGUUCAUCUAAGAGCUGUGCUUUAUCAAUAAAAAUAUGUUUAAGCAAAAAAAAAAAA